AUGUCAAGACGUUCUACAAUUGUAGGAGAUAUUAGGAUGUCAAUAGGUGUUGUUGAACAGCAAGAUAUCAUGAUGUCUUAUAUGUCACGUGAUAUUAAGCUUGAAACUUUUUCUCCUUUUCUUCAUCUUCCACCAGCAGAACUUGUUUGUAAAAACUUGCACUCAUCAAAAUGCUACUCUGGUCUACCUAUGUUUCUCGUAGUUUCUGUUACAAAUUGCAAACCAGUGAAAAUUCAAAAGGCAUCUGUAAAAAUAAAAGGAAAGCAAGAUAAGAAAGUGAUUUUCAAACACGAAUCUCCACCGACUGACAUAGCUCCUCAUGAAACUAUGAAUGUUCAAAUCAAUUUUAUCCCACAAACAGAAACAAUUAUCAGAAUUGAAGCAAAUUUAGUCUAUUACGUAGAAAACUCAAAAUAUUCAUAUGAUGAUAAAGCAUCAAUACAAGUAUUACCUAUGACAACUAUUAAAUACUCAUUACUUCCAAAUCCAAAAAUGAUUCAGGUGUUUAUAAAGAAUUUGUACACAAAGCCGAUCUCAAACAUAUCCUUAUUAACUGAUGGUGGCGAUCAAUAUAAGAUUCCUAUCUCAAUUAGCCCUCAAAACGAAUAUGCUGAUAUAAUGACACUAACGAGGCCUCAUACAAAUCUAAUGCUUUCGUUUGCAACUUCUUCUUCAAGAAAUGUCGUAACUUAUACACAUUUUCCGAAUACAAAAGACGAAAAAGCAGAAAUUCCGAUUAAAUUAAUAAUUAACAACGUUCCAAAUGAAAUUCCUGUAAUGAAAACAUUUAACUGUACAUUGGAACUCACUAAUCUUACUCAAACAGCAAUUUCUGGCAGGCUUCAGGUUGCUGAAUUAAAUGAUUCUAUAAUUGCUCAUGGAAACAAUGAUUUGAGCUUCACAAAUGUUCAGCCAAACAAAUCUAUUAGUAUUCCAAUAGAAUUCGUUGCUUUAAAGCAAGGAACGUAUUGUUUGCCUUCUUUUGAUUGUUUCUACAACGAUUCUAAGCACACAAGAAUCAAAACUGAUAACGGAUGUAUUGUUUUAGGAAAUGCGAUUUAG